AUGCUGAGGAGUAUUAAAUCAUCACAAAAUCAAAUAAUAAAUGCUAUUUGUUCUCUUUAUAAUAAAUGGGGAUGGGAUGAAGAUGGACCAUUGGAUACCCAUUACAAAAGAUCGAGACCGCCUUUCAACAACAAUUUCUCAAGAAACCCUUCUCGAAAACGCCCUGGGGAGCUUGAACAGCGCGUUUGCAAGUAUUGGAUGGUGAAUGGGGAAUGCCCAUAUGGUGAUUGCUGCAAGUUUUUGCAUUCUUGGUACCGUACCAGUAGUACCAGUGGUGAUGGUUGUUUUUUUAUGUUGGCAAGGCUUGACGGUCAUAAGAAGGUUGUUUGCGGUAUCGCUCUCCCUACUUGGUCCGACAAACUUUUUAAUUGGAGUAGAGAUGGCACUGUUAGAAUCUGGGACUGCCACUCUGGCAAGUGCAAUCGAGUCAUCAAUCUUGGUGCUGAAGUUGGAUGUCUUAGUAGUGAAGGCACUUGGGUAUUUAUUGGAUUGCCUAAUCUUGUCAAAGUUUGGAACUUGAAUCGAGAAAUUAUUAAUGACUUCUCUCUGGAAGGACCUGUUGGACAAGUCUAUGCUUUGGCUGUUCAUAAUGACUUACUUUUUGCCGGGGCAGCUAAUGGUGAUAUAUUGGUAUGGAAAGGGUGCUUUGAGGCCAAUCCAUUCAAAUUAGUGGCAACCAUCAAAGCACACAAACAGGCAGUUGUUUGUUUACGUGUUGACGCCGGAGCUUAUCGAUUGUAUUCAGGCUCCAUGGAUAACACAGUGAAUGCAUUGGAUCUUGAGACAUUCCAGUGCAAACAGACAAUGAAGGGGCACAAUGGUGUUGUGAUGUCGCUGUUUACCUGGCAGCACUUCUUGUUGACAUGCUCUUUGGACCAGACAAUGAAGGUGUGGGCUAUGAAAGAUGGAGGUUACUUGGAACUGGUGCAUACACAUGAGGAGAAGCACGGGAUCCUUGAUGUAUUUGGCAUGCAGGAUGCUCAAGGAAAGCCUGUUCUGUUCUGUUCCUGCAAUGACAAUUGCGUUCGUCUGUACGAGUUGGACUCUUUCGCUGAGAGAGGCAGGAUCCUUGCCAAGAAAGAGGUUCGGGAGAUUCAGAUAGGUCCUGGUGGCCUAUUUUUCACUGGCGAUGCAAUUGGCAUGGUAACUGUUUGGAAUUGGUUAGCAGAGAGAAGUCAAGAGGCUUCAUAA